CCUCCACCUUUUCAACAGCCUUUUGACAUGCGUCGAUGAUUACUGAUUGAGUUGCUGCCGAAAAAAAUAUACGGGCAUGUGCUGGAAAUCACGCGAUUUCGUUCCGUUUCCGAAAUUGCAAAUCGCAUGAAUUAGUUUGGGGUGUGCUGAAUUCCACGCGAUUUCAGUGAAGUUCGAAGUUAAGUUCGAAACAGCUGAUUGUCAGAGAAAAGAAAAAAAUUGUUUAAUUUUGAGUUGAAGAUUUGUGUUAAAACGAGCGUUUUCAUUCUUUCUGCUUAUUUAUUGAAUCAAAUGAACUGGAAAAGUGAUAAAAAGGUUGCGCGACGACUUUUAAGAGACCACUCCAAUCCUUUGGAUAUUUCAGAGCCUGUGUAAGUGCAUGCGCAAGGCGUUCUAUUAAAAAUUAAAACACAACAUCUUCUUGCAGUUUUAUGUCGUACUACAGGAUAAACAAAGAGGCCUUUCGGAAUGUAGUUAACGAUAUUAAGCCUUUAAUACAUCUGUCGUCCAUACCUGUUGAGUUGAAAUUAGCAACCACGUUGAGAUUUCUUGCGGAAGGAGGAUUCCAACGGUCUAUUGGAAAGGAUUCACAUAUUGCAUGUGAUAGGACGACGGUGUCAAAAAUUUUAAAAGAGAUGUUAAACGUUUUAGAGCGAACACAAUGUCCAAAGUGGGUAAAGUUUGGAAGGACACAUUAUGAAGUUCGUCAGUCCAAUUUACAUUUUUACAACAAAUUUGCUAUACCUGGCGUUAUUGGCUGCAUCGACGGGACUCACAUCAAAUUACUAAAACCUUGCGACAAUGAGCAUUUAUAUUUAAAUAGGAAAGGUUGUUUUAGCGUCAAUGCUAUGAUAGUAUGUGACUAUAAAAUGAGUAUAACAGCUGUGGAUGCGUGCCACCCCGGAUCAAGUCAUGAUGCUUUUAUUUUGAAUUUAUCCAAUAUAAAACAGUAUCUUUUAUCCAGUUUUCAAAGCGGUGACCACAGCUCCUGGUUACUAGGGGAUUCAGGCUAUGCGUUAGAACCAUAUUUACUCACACCUUAACGCAAUCCGACUUCUGGAACAUCGCAGCAUAAAUUUAAUUUGCAACAUGCAAAAGCUCGUAACAUCGUGGAAAGAGUAAUUGGGGUGCUUAAAAGUCGCUUUAAAUGUUUGCAAACUGUUUUGCCAUACACCCCACAGAAAGUUGUUAAAAUUAUUAACGUAUGCUAUGCUUUUCACAACAUAUGUCGAUUUUAUAAUGUUGAUGAUUCCAUGUAUGCGUUUUCCGAAGAAGUAAUCGAUGAUGACCCCGCUGAAAAU